AUGACCAAUCAGCAAAAUUUUACUGAACGAUCUCAAGUAACCAUUUUUCGUAUAACAAUCGCUGAUAUCUUUCUUGAACGUCAAAGUGAGCAUGACAUUCAACGCAAUGCUCUAGUGAUUGUAUUUUUAAGGUUACUUGAAUAUCAUCAAAAAAUUUUGUUUUUAACAACAAAUCGAGUAAAAUGUUUUGAUGCCGCUUUUCAAUCUCAAAUUUCAGUUGCCUUAAAAUAUAAUGAUUUAGACACUGAUGCACAUGAAAAAGUUUGGCGUACAUUCUUGGAUCGUAUUGAAGAAAAGAAUAAAAGCCAGGUAGACAUUAAAAAUUUGAAAAAGAGACCUCUAAAUGGCAGGGAAAUCAAGACGGCUGUGAGAUUAGCAAAGGCAUUAACCACAAAAGAUAACCCAGACUCAUUGAUUACCACAAAACAAUUGGAAACAAUUCUUGACAUUUCAAAAACUUUUGGUGAAGAGUUGGAAAUAUAG